UGAGCUUGCACAUCCAGCCACGAAGCCCACAGCUCCUCAACCUCCCCAGCAUCUGUUGCUGCCAGAUCAGCAGGGCCGCUGAGCGCUUCAAGACAAGCUAGGAGGUCUCUCUCGCCCACCGCCCAAACUCUGCUGGGCUCAGCAUUGGUGGUGUGAAGCAUCCGUAUGCGCACUUGCCAUGCCAAGUAUAAAGACAGCGUGUUGAAGGGAGCGUUGACCGAUGUCCAUGUUCCAGAUCAAUCACCACCACAACAAGACCUACGAAAGCGCAGGUCAUAGACGUGCAACCAGGGACUUUAACGCGCAAGGUGCACCCAACAGGGUGGAGGAACCUUGUUCAACCCCCCUCAAGUACCACUACCUAGUCCUCAGAGCACGUCACAUCUCGCUACGGGCACACACUUAUGUCUUCAUCGUCAUCAAAGCCUGCUGGGCUGCAGCUCGCAACUGGCGUGGAAGAGACGCCAAUCACUUCAACCGUCGAGCCGAGUACGACAAAGGUAGCUCCAAACUCCGAAAAGGCCGCACCCGAUGGGUCUCAUGAUACAACUCUAGCCGACAAUUCUCCUGGCCAGAAGGAGCGUGAGCUUCUGCUGAGGCUGGGAUCGGAUCACCAUGAGAAGGAAGCUGAAAGAAUUCAAGGUGGGCAGCUUCGUCCCACGCAGAAGCUGAUUCUGCUUUGCGAUGGAACCUGGCAAUCUCGGCGCUCUGUUCGCUCAGCCGUGCAUGGCAACACCCUCACCAGCUCCUCUGCCACCGGUGACUUUUGGACCAACGUGGCGAUUCUCGCCCAGUCCAUCGCCCCAAACGCAAGCAAGCCCAAUGCUCAAGGCGUAUAUCAACGUCAAAUUUGUGCUUAUCAGCGCGGCGUGGGAGCGGUCGAAGAUCUCAGCACUCGUCUCAUCGAAGGUGCUACAGGCGCUGGGCUCGGAAUCAAGGUUCAGGAAGGAUAUCUGUUUUUGGUGGACAACUACCGCGAUGGAGACACAAUUUCGUUGUUCGGAUUCUCUCGUGGCGCAUACACGGCGCGUACACUCGUCGGAUUCAUCAAUUACGCUGGAUUAUGGUCGAAGACGGAAGCAGCGAUGGGCAUGGCAGAGUCUUGGGAGGCGUACCAGCGACGUGAUCCUAGCAAGCCAGAGACCAUCAUCGAUUCUGCCAAGCUAAUGUUCGAAAAGACGGGUCGUUGGCCCGCCGCAAACGCGGAGCACACUGAGACACAGCUUGUCGAGCAAGCGGCUCAAAUGAAGAGCAAAGAAUUGGAACAAGAUAUCAAGAAUUGGUUUGCAGACAGUGGCAAGAGAGACCAGGAGGGCAGAGCUGUACCUCCUGAUGUAGACGUCGUAGGCGUCUGGGACUCCGUCGGUGCCGAGGGUAUUCCUGGCAGUUUCAUCUCCCCGGAUCUGGUGCGCUUCUAUAGCUCGUUCGACCCCAUGCUACCGCCUUGCGUCCGCCAUGCUUUCCAUGCUAUGGCUCUCUUUGAGGAUCGCAAGGACUUUACGGUGACUCGCUACUAUGUGCCCUCGAAGAAAGCCGAGCUGCCCGCAGAUCGCGCCCGACGCAGGGGUCAAGUGCUGCGCCAAGUGUGGUUCCAAGGCUCACAUUCGGACGUGGGCGGUGGACACGCAUGGCACGGUCUUUCGGACGUGGCCUUAUCCUGGAUGGUUGCAAAUUUGCACGAUGCGCCCGGCGGCCCUCUCAUCGACGUGGACCUGGUGACGCUCAAAGCCUUACAAGAUCGCCGUCGCAUAUGGGCUCUGCAACCUCAGCACCCAUCACGCAUCGCUGUAGAGCUCCAGCUCACACGCCAAGUUAUGCACGUGCCUGACAUCGCGGCCAAGGGUGAUGGAGGAGAGGACGUUGGGCUCGUCGGAAGGUUCUGGGAGAGGAUGGUGCAGAAUUCGAGAGCUUUGGCAGCCGAUCCCGGAAGCAGAGACGACGAGCGAGCCGCUGAGGAAGCAGACGCGGACGUCGACUGUCAGGCCAUCGAAGAGAUUCAUCAUAGCGUUGUGCUUGGAGGGCGCUACAAUCCCCUCAAGAGCCGACAAUUUGACGAGCUUCGCAAGCGCGAUUCCGCUUUGCUGGACAGACUUUGGACGCGCGCUGGGAACCCUGCCAGUCUGCUGCCAACAGAGAGAGAAUUGCGCUGGUGGGAAGCAGACAAGCACAUGACCCCCGCAACUCCAACUCACCGCAACAUGCCCUGGCACGAGGAAGACGAGGAUCUCGAAGCGGUCACAAACGAGCUGCCAUCCGACAAAGCUGCCAAUGUGGCCGGAGAUUUGCAGGAUACGGACGCUCAGCUGCCGCCCGCCAAGCCGACCGGGGUCUCGCGCAUCUCUUGGUCCACGCUCAAGAGUAUCGUCGAGGCGCCCACUAGGCUUCUUGCCAUCAUCGUCAACCGUCGUCCAGUUCCAGACGACAACCUGAAACCAAGCAUUGCUGCGCAGACCGUUCAGCGCAUUCGCGCGUCGAUCGACGCGAGACGCAAAUCUCAAAGCUGAUGACCUUACAGGCAGCCUCAAAGUCGUGCUCGCACACCAUACCCCCUUAAUCUCCUCGAACGACAGGUCUUACUUACGAAUUGCGCAAGCGCAAAUGAAUCACCACAACCGACGAGAUCAUGGAUCACCACAACCGACGAGAUCACCAAUUUCUCUGAACCUGUCAAUAUCCUCGCCAAGCGCCGAGACUCGCAAGUCGCAGUUCCUUCUACAUUACUUUCAGGUCCGCGUCUGGUGUCCCACAAGAACAUAUAAAGCUUCAAGCGUCGAAAUGAGCAUCGACGAUAUAUUACUGUCGAUUUUGGGCGCAGUCAAUUGCUGUGCACAGGCGGGAGCUUGUUGAGAUCAAAGUCGUGGACUUGCUUCGACGUUGACGCGCCCGUAUUGUCUUGCCCAUUUCCAUGCGCCUGGAGAUGCUUCGAGGCUGGACUAGCCCUUGAAUAUCCUGAGACGGCGUGGUCGGGAUUGCU